UUACUUGACUUUCAUAGAAACUGAUAUGUGUAUAUAUAUAUAUAUUCGAUAUAUAUUCAUAUUUAAUUGCUUUUAAUAUCAAACUAAGAUUAGAUUUUAAAGUAAGCACGUGACUAGUGAAGUUGGUAGCUUAACAGUCAAAGCAUUGUUGUGAAGGUUGUGAAGGAGUCUUCUAUCUCUUUGGUUAGAGGUUAAUGUAAUAUGGCUGGACAGCAGCCAACCCAAGUUAAAUUACAGCAUUCAGUUAAAGUACCACAGUUUUACAAAACAGCUGCUAAUAUCGCGAAACGGGCCUCGGAAGAACAUCAUAGUCUAAAGGAUUUGGUGUUCAAUGCAAACAAGCACCUGAAUAUCCAGGGGUUAUAUGCAUUAAUAAUUAAAACAUUUCAUCAUGAAGAUACAUUGGAGAGGCUCAUACAGAAAAGCAAAAUUCUUAAGGACAGGAAAGCAGAUCCAUGGCUUAUUAAAAUAUUAAUAACAGAGCUUCUGUUUGGCAAGAAGUCUCUCAGUGGAGACAGCAAGCCUGUACAAGCUGUUUUGUCUCAUCAUGACAUGUUCCUUGCAGAACUGAAAGAGUCAGAGAAGGCAGGAACACUCAAAUUGGACUCUUAUAAGGAGAGAGACAGCAGACCACGAUAUGUUAGAGUCAACACCUUAAGUCUUAAAGUUCGUGCUGCCAUGAAAAUGUUUAGUAAUGAAGACUGGAAACAAGUUUGUUACGACCGGAAAUCAGAAGACUACUCAUCUUUUCUCAACAGGGUUACUUCAUUGGCAAGGGAUGAGUUUAUUCAGGACUUGCAUAUUAAAGAACUGUUUAUUUUUCCAAAUAAGACAGAAUUUUAUAGACAUCCAUUGUAUAUAGGAGGCUCCAUCAUUCUGCAAGACAAAGCUAGUUGUCUGGCAUCAUGGCUUCUCAAACCUUCACCAGGGAGUAUUACUCUGGACAUGUGUGCAGCUCCAGGGAUGAAAACUACACAUCUUGCAUGCCUCAUGAAGAACAAAGGCACACUGUAUGCAGUGGAUUCAGUUAGAGGUCGUUAUGAGACGCUUUGCAAGCAGGUGGAGAAGCAUGGUGCUACAUGUGUGAAAACUCUCUGCAUGGAUGCCUUCCAGCUUGAGGCAAAGCACUGCCCAGGUGUUGAGUACAUCCUGGUUGAUCCCACCUGCUCUGGUUCAGGUGCAGUUGAGCAACCCAUAGUAAAGAAUAGAGAAAAAUUCAAUGCUUCACGACUACAGUCACUGACUCGUUUACAGAGCAAGCUGCUACGUCACGCCCUCACCAGAUUCCCUGAUGUAAAGCGAAUUGUUUACUCGACAUGCUCCCUUAACAUUGAAGAGAAUGAGAUGGUGGUAGAGGAUGUUCUAGCCUCCGUGAAUACUGAUGCUUCAGAUCCCAUUUUUGAAGUUGUUGAUAAUAAACUCAAAUGUAAAUGGAUUCAUCAUGGUUCUGAAGAUUUUGAAUGGGGCCCUAGAUGUAUCUAUACGAAACCAGACAUUGAUCUUACAAAUGGUUUCUUUAUAGCUGUUAUUGAUAGGGUUAGGUCUGAUGAGAAGAAUAUUUCAAGAAAUGAAGAUGAAAAAGAAGAGCAGAAACAUAAGAAAAGAAAACAGCUGAAGGAAAGUAAGAUUUGAAGGAAGACCAUAAAUGAGAAGGAAAGAAGUGCCAUCAAUUGGAAGAAGAGUUGAUCACCAGGGUGAUCUGAAAAGAAGUUCUGGAAGGAGGACUGAUCAUAAUGUGAAUUCUUGACUUGCAUUUGGAGUACAGAUCCAUUGAUAUUUUGUAUAUUCAUGUUUUGAUGUAUGUUAUAUUCUUGAUAAAUAUAUGUGUAUCUACACAUUUGCUGUGCUCAUCAUGUUGUAAAGGAAAACACAUAAGCUGUUUGCUGGUCUGGAAGCAAACAGAAAAAUGAAGUAGAUGUUCAUGUCUCAUUUUGUGACUAUAAUAUUGCUAGCCAAUAAAUCCCUAAACAUGUGGCAAGUAUCAGAUAUUUGAAAAAGACAACUCAUAGAGCCAAGUCCUUGAGAAGUCGGUGGUUGCUCUGCCACUCAAGAAAUUCCCAGCAUUUUAUGGGACCUGAAGGUUCAGUACCAUAUCCACAAGAACCUGUGAUUGGUCUCUGUCCCAAACCAGGUGAAUCAAGUCCAUAUCUCCCUAUCUUAUUUCCUUAAGAUUCAUUUUAAUGUUACCUUCCUGUCUAUUUCUAGGUCUUCCCAGUGGUCUCUUUCAGGUUUGUGUACCAAAACCCUGUAUGCACACCUUUUCUGUUGCAUGAAUACUAGCUGUCCCACACAUCUCACCCUCCUUGACUUGAUCAUUCUAAUAAUAUUUGGUGAGGAGUACAAGUUAUAAA